UUGGCGAGUCGCCAUCUUGGAAUGUGCGAAGAAGAAGAAGCGAACAAAAAGCAAGCGAAAAAUCUUUAAGCGUAUUUAUUUAAAUGUAUAAAUUGCAUAAAUCUAUAUAUUUAAGGCCAAGCACACAUAUUUAUUGCUCCAUUCAUAAAUAUAAAAGAAACCCCAGCACAGCUGCCACGUUGCGUUUGCCCAAAAAGGCUUAGCCACAAAAAAAAAAUCGAAAUCUCCGACGGCCCGAAGGUAUCACACACAUACACACGCACACACACUCACAUAUAUACACAGUCCACCACAUAUAUUAGUGCAAGCAAAAAGAGGCAGAAGAAGCAAAGCCAGGCGAGAGUGUUUUUCCAUACAAUUCGGUGAAUCUACUUGGAUCUAAGACGCCGUUGCCGACUUCUGGUCAGGCACAAACAGACAGCAGAAGCAGCAUCAGCAACAGUGAUUGUGUUGCGGGCAGGUGAUAUAACUAAACAAUCGCGAAAGCUUGUAGCGGACUAUGUCUGACUAUUUGCGCCAGCAGAAACCACUAGAGCACACAUAGCCAUGGCUGCGACGAGAAAAUUGCAAGGCGAAAUUGAUCGAUGUUUAAAAAAGGUAGGCGAGGGCGUGGAAACGUUUGAGGAUAUAUGGAAAAAGGUACACAAUGCUACAAACACCAACCAGAAGCAAAAGCAUCUGCAGGAAAAGUAUGAGGCAGACCUUAAAAAGGAAAUUAAGAAACUGCAGCGAUUACGAGAUCAAAUCAAAUCAUGGAUUGCAUCCGCCGAGAUUAAAGAUAAAAGCGCGCUGCUCGAGAAUCGAAGGCUCAUUGAAACGCAAAUGGAACGCUUCAAGGUGGUGGAGCGGGAGACAAAAACAAAAGCGUAUUCCAAGGAGGGUCUGGGCGCCGCACAAAAAAUGGAUCCAGCGCAACGGAUCAAGGAUCAUGCGCGCAAUUGGUUAACCGGUUCAAUUAGUACACUGCAAAUUCAAAUCGAUCAGUAUGAGAGCGAAAUUGAAUCGCUGUUAGCGGGUAAAAAGAAACGGCUGGAUCGCGAUAAACAGGAGCGCAUGGAUGAUUUGCGGAGUAAGUUGGAUCGUCAUAAAUUCCACAUAACCAAACUGGAGACGUUGCUGCGACUGCUGGACAACGAUGGUGUCGAGGCGGAUCAAGUGAACAAAAUUAAAGAUGAUGUCGAAUACUAUAUCGAUUCGUCGCAAGAGCCCGAUUUCGAGGAAAACGAGUUCAUCUACGAUGACAUUAUCGGACUGGAUGAAGUAGAGCUGAGCGGUACGGCCACAACGGACAGUAACAAUAGCAACGAAACGAGCGGCUCGCCCAGCAGCGUAACAUCCGGCGGCAGUCCAUCGCAAUCGCCCGUUACAGUGCAGCAGGUGUUGCCAUCCUCCUCCUCCUCCGCACAGCAGCAGCAGACGUCGACGGCGGGCAGCAGCAGCGCAGGCAGUGGCACCAGCGCCGCUAGUGCAGCCCAAUUCCAGCACUUGCAGGCGGCCGCAGCAGCAGCGGCAGCCGUCGCUGCACAGCAAUCGAAUGGUAAUAAUGUGGGCUAUGCGAGCGACACCAGCGCAGCUUCAUCCUCAGCGACAACGUCCACCGAGGCGACAACAGGUGGCGAGAAGCGCAACAAAAGCAGCGAAAGCAAUGCGAAUAGCAGCAAAGCGAAGCAGCAACCUCAACAGCCGAUCAAGCCGACGCCAGUGCGUGCCACAGCUAAAGUGCCCGCGGGUAGUGAUACAGCUCAAGUCAAUAAGAUUGUUAGCUCAACGCCCAGCAAAAACCAACAGCAGCAGCAGCAGCUACCCACGGUCGCUUCCGUUUUGGCGUCUAGCGGGACACAGAACAACAACAACAACAGCAACAAUAACAACAACAGCAGCAGUAGCAGCAGCAACAUUGUCGCUGCUAGUGGUCACAAUCCUGCCGUGCAGCCACACGCCCCAACGCCUGGUCUGAGUGCAACCAACAUCGCUGUACCCGCAGCAACAGCAGCAGCGGCAGCCGUUGCAGCUGUUGCAGCAACAGCAUCAGCGAGCAACAGCAGCAAUAACAUUCAAGGCCAAUCUGUGAUUCAAGCGACACCAACAAUUGCAUUUGCAGCGGUGGCUAAACACAACACAUCACUACUGGAAAACGGACCUGUCUCGCAGCAGCAGGCAACGGCGCCGACGGUGGCGGCCAUUGUAAGCGCAAAUGCACAGGCCCAACAACAACAACAGCAGCAGCAACAACAGGCAGCGCAAUUAUCCAAUCUUCAAACGAAUUCCUCACACAUGCAAAACGGUCUGCCCGUCUCACUCAGUAGUAGCAGCAGCGGCAGCAGCAACAGCAGCAGCAAUAACAACAGUAAUGCUGUCGAUGCGAUUUCAUUGAAAACCAUGGCACAGGAAGCCAUCAAUCGAUCUGUGAUCGAGCCCAAUUCCCUAAAUCAACAACAGGCAAGUAAUAUAGAUACGAGACAGCAGCAGCAGCAGCAACAGCAGGCGCAGCAACAAGCAGCGCAGCAAUCAUUGCUGCAACAGCAUUUCAGCACCGAAACAACUGCCAACCAACAACAGCAACAGCAGCUCCAGCAACAACAAGCAGCGACAGCGGCGGCAGCAGCAGCGGCAGCAGUGCAACAACAAAAUGCAGCAGCCGCAGCUGCAGCAGUUGCAGCAAUUGGUACAAUCGUCGGUUCUGCCAGCAAUGGCCCCACAGCUGGCAGUGGACUCAUGAAUCUGGCGAAUGCUGCUGGUCAGCCAACAGCCGUCAGUGGUGGUGUUGUCGUCACAUCCAAUGCCAAGACGCAUACAGCGCAACAGCAGCAACAACAACAGCAGCAGCAGCAGCAACAACAACAGCAGCAACAGCAGCAAAUGGCCACAACGGAGGCGCACAUACCACCGCUGUUAGGUGUAACGCCGUUGGGUCCAACGCCGCUGCAAAAGGAGCAUCAGCUGCAGUUCCAAAUGAUGGAAGCCGCAUAUUAUCACCUGCCACAGCCCAUUGAUACGGAGAAGCUGCAAACAUAUUUUCAUCGCUCACCGGUGCAAACACCAGCGCAUUAUCCACAGGCCCAGCUGCCCAUUUACGAUACUGUUGAGUUCUAUCAACGACUAUCGACGGAGACGCUCUUCUUUGUGUUCUACUACAUGGAGGGCUCCAAGGCGCAAUAUCUUGCAGCGAAGGCGCUCAAAAAGCAAAGCUGGCGCUUCCACACCAAAUACAUGAUGUGGUUUCAACGGCACGAGGAGCCGAAGAUUAUCAACGAUGAUUACGAACAGGGUACGUACAUCUACUUCGAUUAUGAGAAAUGGGGUCAGCGCAAAAAGGAGGGCUUCACCUUUGAAUACAAGUACUUAGAAGACAAGGAGCUGAAUUGAAUUAAAUGCUGCGUUGUUGUGAUGCGGAUGCGUCGGCUGUCUAAGAGGAAAUCAAUUCAUAGCUACAAUCUUACUGGAAUCAAUAGCAAACAAUAAUACCAUACCAUACCCCACAUCCGAUCAGAGGAAUACAAAACUCUCUCAUUGUCAACCAUUGAACAGAAUCAGAAAACUCUAUCACAAACGCAUACACACAUAUAUAUAGACUCACAGCUAAAUCCAUAAACUAAUGAAAGAGAUCUUGUGUAAGAGAAACGAUACAGCAAAGUAUAAGUAAAAAGGGAAGAAACGGAUAACAAGGCAAAAGAAAACAAAAAAUAUUGAAGUACGAUACUGUUAGUUGUUCGGAAACCGCAUGUAAAAACAUAUGCUUUUUUAUAUAAAUGUUUUAUUGUUUAUUAUUUUUUUUUUUUUUAAGAAUUACUUUCCUACACAUAAC